UCAGUCCGAGUUCGUCCCCGACCCGAAAGCUCAGUCAACUUUGCGUGCUUCCUUGAUGAAGAAGUAGGAGGCACAGCGUCCCGAUUCCUUUUCCUCCACGGCCGCUUGACUUCUUCUCUCGAUCGUCGUGGGACGAUAGGAGCAGUGUUAUUUUAUUCCGUGAAGAUUCGGUGUCCAUAGUUGUUCGAGAGAGUAGCUCGUGUGCUGAAAGUGUUUUCUGAGAAGUGUGUCGCGGUACUUAGUGUUGUGUUGUGGACUAGUGUGCAAGAACAGGAUAGGAUAAUUUGGUGUUCACUAUUAUGGAUGUUGUCACUCUCAUUCAGCACUGAAAUCAAGAUGGCCGGGAACCAACAGAAAUACAGCGAAGGAAGAAACGAGGCGUUGAAUUUUUUUCAUAAUAUCAACUCCGCCGAACAUUAUGCAUCAUGAGUCCACCGUUUUCCUAGCUAUCACUGACUGCUUAGAUCUGACUCUGGGGAAUGGAGUUGGACACGAGCAUCUCCGUGGCGUCAUCUUGCAGCAAACUGCCCCACUCACAGUCCACCCCCGCCGGGGUCGACGGAGGGACCAGAACCCCGCCGACCCCCCCGAUGACCCCCAAGAAGGGCGGCAAGAUCCUUGCCGUCCGAGUUCAAAUGUUGAAUGACAACAUCACCAUCUUCCAAGUUCAGGCAAAAGCUUUGGGACGCGUCCUUUUUGACCAAGUAUGCAAGCAGUUGAAUCUUCUAGAGGCGGAUUACUUUGGCCUUGAAUACCUCGAAGGAAGCACUAGGUACUGGUUGGACCUGGAAAAACCAAUGCAUAGGCAAGUGGGUCUAACAUUGGUGGACCCCCUGGUCUUUUUUUGUGUAAAAUUUUACACACCGGAUCCUUCACAGCUCGAGGAGGAGUACACGCGAUACCUAUUCUGCCUUCAAAUCAAGCGGGACCUUGCUCAAGGGCAUUUGCAGUGUAAUGAUAACACUGCAGCCCUAAUGGCCUCCUAUAUUGUUCAAGCGGACUGUGGAGAUUAUGUUGCAGAAGACUAUCCAGAUCACACAUAUCUAUCUACAUAUAAAUUUGUUCCUCAUCAAGACCAAGAACUUGAAAGGAGGAUUAUGGAAAAUCAUAAAAAACAUGUAGGCCAAUCACCUGCAGAAGCUGACUUAAAUUUAUUAGAAACUGCUCGAAGGUGUGAAUUGUAUGGAAUGAAAAUGCACCCUGCAAAAGAUCACGAAGGGGUUCCUCUUAACUUGGCUGUCGCUCAUAUGGGCAUUGUUGUUUUCCAGAAUUAUACCAAAAUUAAUACGUUUUCUUGGGCCAAAAUUAGAAAAAUUAGUUUUAAACGGAAGCGAUUUUUGGUCAAGUUGCAUCCAGAAGGAUAUGGUUUUUAUAAAGAUGUAGUAGAAUUCUUUUUUGAAAAUCGUAAUGAUUGUAAGAAUCUAUGGAAAAAGUGUGUCGAGAAUCAUGGAUUCUUUAGGUGUACAACUGUUAAACCAAUUCCUAGACAACGAACAAGAGUUUUAAGUCGAGGCUCUUCUUUCAGGUAUAGCGGAAAAACUCAGAAACAAGUUAUCGAAUACGUUAGAGAAAACUAUGUCAAAAGGCAAACGUUCAAGAGGUCACAGUCAUUCAGGCAAUCCAGCUCAGUUCAUUCGAGUGUAGCUAAUGUGGGAGGCUCAAUAUCGGCCCAUCCUCUCUUGCCCCUUGGAGACAGUGCAGUAGCCGGUACGGGAGCCUCUCUCUCCUGCGGCUCGAUGAGUUUGAGCGGAGCGGGGGAGAAGCAUCUGGUGAACGCUGCGGAGGAUUCUCUGAGCCCGAUAUCUCACCGCCGUCAGCUGGGCGGCGCCGCUACCAGUACACCCACGAUUGGCAAUCACGUUCAGACUCCUGGUCGGACGAUGAAAGGCCACACUUCGGUGGACAUCCAUCCACCGUACACUCCACACACCCACGUCUCGGUGGUCGAGAAAGACCUGUCGACCUCUUCAGAGGUCACGUCAAUCACGUCAUCCAGCCCGCAGCACAGUUACACCAUCAUGGCGCAGGAAUAUCAAGAUAAAAAAGAAAUCUGUGUCGUCAAUCCAACAAUUUUAACGAAGAGUAUCGGAGCGACAACUAAUGGAACAAUUAAAGAAAAUAAUAAUGUCAUCAUCAAUGUGGUGAAUGGUAGUCAUAAACAAAAUGGCACCGCUAUUUCGAAUCAAAGUUCCCUCACUGAUUUGUCCCGAGCGGCAGAUAGUCCUGUAAAAAGUGUAAAAAAAGAUGUUAGCAAAGUUUGUACAGUAGAAGUUGAAGUUAUUGAUGGAAAGAAAAAACGUUUAUCUGAUCAGGCCUACUUUAUCACCAAAGAACUGUUGUCUACAGAAAGAACAUUCCGUAAAGACCUCAAAGUGAUUACUUUUUGGUUCAAAGAUGAACUGAUAAAGGAGCAGGGAUCCUUGCAGCUGGGUUUCAUCGACCAGUUGAUGAGUGUGUUGGAGCGGAUACAGAGCCAGCAGACGACGUUCAUCAAAGACCUCGAGAUGAAGACGCAACUCUGGGAUGACUGCACCCAGUAUUCGCUGGCUGAUAUCCUCAUCAAACAUUUCGAUAACCUACAGGUUUUCGAUGAAUACAUCGACCAGCAUUUAUCAUUUUUAGAAAAUUUAGAUGAUGCCUUUCAUUCAAUACCAAAAUUUGAGCAAAUAUACAAAGAUUUUGAGACGCAGAAAGUCUGCUACUUGCCCCUCACAGCCUUUGUAUUGAAGCCAUUGCAGAGGUUAAUACAUUAUUAUCAACUAAUAGAAAAGUUACUUUGGUAUUACAAAUCUAUCAGGCAUCCAGAUUUCGAAGACUGUUUACUUCUCAGGCAAACCCUAUGUCAAAUUACUGAAAAAUUACCUUAUGUUCUGCGUCAGUCUGAAAAUUUCGUGGAGCUGUGCGAAUUAGAAAGGGAUAUGAUAGGUGUAGAACGUUUAAGGCAGUCGGAUCGAAUAUUUAUCAGACAUGGCUCGCUGCUUAAAUAUUCGUUGCGUAAAAGUUUCCAGCCAAGAAUGUUCUUCCUCUUCUCUGAUGUGCUGUUGUACACAGCACGAGUAGGUCAUAUGUUUAAAUUGCAUGGGCAGCUUCCUCUCAAAAACCUAAUAAUUGAAGAGCGCGACGAUACACCUUCCCAGUAUUCAUUCCUGAUUUAUGGCGCAAAUCGAGCUUUGACGGUUGCUGCAAACAGCCAAGAAGAAAAGGACAAGUGGCUUGAAGACCUCAGUGAGGCCAUUCAAGCGAGCAAAAACCGAGAAAAUGAAAAUGAUAAUGAUAAGAAGUGUUACCUGAGCCUUAAAUCUUGUGGUUCCUCUGAUGAAGUUCUGGACAAAUGCGGGUCAGAAGUGGAAGUUAACGCUAAAUCAACUCCUACAAGUCAACGGAGCAACACAACGGUCCACGUUUGCUGGCAUAGAAGCACAUCAGUCUGCAUAGAUGAUCUCCUUAGGGCAGCUGAGAAUCAGCUGAGUGGCUACCUUUUGCGCAAGUUCAAGAAUAAUGAUGGUUGGCAGAAACUUUGGGUUGUUUUCACAAAUUUCUGUCUUUUCUUCUAUAAAACUUAUCAGGAUGAUUGUCCAUUAGCAAGUCUUCCAUUAUUGGGAUACAGUAUCACUGAGCCUUCUGAAAAGGAUGGAAUCCGGAAGGACUACGUUUUUAAACUUCAGUUCAAGAACCAUGAAUACUUCUUCCGAGCCGAGAGCGAAUAUACUUUUGGACGGUGGAUGGAGGUAAUAGGAAGCGCAGCUCAGCAUUCGGAACGAACACAGCUAUACCCUUGCAAAGAUAGUAUCGUCGAUGGCCUGCGGCUGCCUUCCUAAUGGUCCAUGUAAAUUGAAUUUCAUAUGUUGCACUACUAAUAUAUUUUUCUUGUUAUGAUUUUUUUUUUAUCUUUUAAUCUGCAAUUUUGUUAUCAUACUUGAUAGUAUUUAAUUAUUUUCUAAAGAAUUUUAGAUGAAGAGGAUUUUGUUAUUUUCUUAGUCAAAUUGUAUUUUAGCAACUUAACUGGUGAAUGACACUGUGCUGUAUAUUUUAUGUUUUUUAUCUUGACGAGUGUUUUUGAGCACCUUUGAAGAAGAACACGCUUCUAAAAUCUCAUUUUAUCCUCUGCGAGAAUCUGAAACAAAGCUGGCUGAAAACUCUUCCCAUUUAUGAAUCUUUCUGAAUGUCAUGAUUCAAAUUUUAUUACUUCUUGAAAGUUGUUCUGUGUGUCCAAAUGGGCCAUUAGGCAAGGAAUGAGUCAAAGCACCCGUUACAUGUUCCUCUAAAAAAUUUCGCGAGAAAAACGAAUCACACAGUGUGAAGUCUGGGAAUCAACUGCUGAACAAUAUGUGUUAUAGGUGUUACAAUAACAAAAACACAAUAUAUAAGUGUUUUUAAUUAACAUUGAUUGAAUGGCAAAAAUGCGAAUGACUUCAUUCGUAUGAUUUGUUUUCCAUUUCAUCUGUGUUAAAUAUGUUCAUCAAUAUCUGGUUCACGAGAUGAUUUCCGAACUCCCCGUUCUUUGAAUCGUUGUCCACUUGAAAUUUAGAAGAGGAAACAUGUGAUAUUUUCUUCUAGUUUACACCUUGUCUAGUCGCCUAUUCAACAUUUAUGAUGUACAUGCUCUCUGCUCAGGAAGAUUUGUCUACAUAAUCGUACAAGAGAAUAAAAAAAAUUUGAAUGCAUAAUUAAUAUCUCUAAUUUUAAACAAGUAGGAAAAUCAAAUGGCUAUUUCUUCAACGCUCCAGUUGAGAUUGUUGCAUAAUAUUUUUUUAAUUGAAUGCACAGAGGUAGUAGUAGCUUGAGUUUCAGAAAUUUUCAAAAUUCUUUGAAUUAUGGAACUCUGUAAAAGCUGUACUGAUGUGUGUGCAUUGUGAAAUGGGAUGUCCACAAGGGCCUUACAAUUGGGCAGUGUGAAGCGUCACAAACCAUGCGGAGAUACCAUACCAAAAUGUAGCCCCUUAGCGAACUCUCUAUGAAGUCUCUUUAUUAUUUUUCUCCAACUCUUAUUCCUCGAAUCUUUUGCCAGUGAUUUCUUCCCAACCUAUGAACUGUAAAUCACUUAUGCAGUCUUAUUCAGGAUUAUAUUGUUGGAGAAAUCUACGCCUCCACUCUAAACCUACAAUAACACACACAAUUAUAUUGAUAUAACUAUUGUAAUAAUGGCUGAAGUGUAAAAUAAUUUAAAAAUAAAAAUUAUCCCAGAAAUUUCCCAAAAUAUUUACUUCUGUGGGAGCCUCAAAAUUUGCCUUUUUACCAACGAUGAUCGGUAAUCACCAAAGUGAAUUUUACAGAGGUGGGAAAUUUUCCCCUUGAGAAGAACCCCUUGUGAAAUGCAUUAAACUUUUGGACAUCCUGACUAAGCCUAAGUUUUAUCUUAAACUGAAUCUUUCAUGAUACAGAAACACCUCAAUUUAUUGGAUUUCACAGGACUGACUAAUCGAUCCAUCAAUUUGCGGAAUCUGUUACUUCGAAUUAGCUCGAGGCCCUUGAAGGAAGAUCCACUUGUUAAAUUAUGAUCUGACGAAUUGAGGUCUUGCUGUAUUUAUUUUAUUUAUUCGUUUUUUUUUUCUUUUUUUUUUUCCUCGUGCCUUGGCUUUGUUGAGGACUAUUGCGGAUCAUUUGUGAAAAUAAAAAAAUAGUUAAGACAAAGAAAGAAUUAAAGUGUUCAUUUGUAGGGGGCAUUUACUUUAAGAAGUCCCAGUGUGUUAAGUCAAAUUAUGUUUAAGAAUUUUUGUGCCUUUUAUGUAUGUUGACGUACAGUCAAUUAUUUUAUGGGUUCCAUUCCUCUUUUGUUUCUUCACUAAGCUCAUACGGAUAGCUAGUCACAGAGAAGAUUGCCGCUGUGCCCUACAUAAAGCUUUUUCAUGUACCUUACUGAAAGAAAAUUCUUAGGGGAGUUGGCUCCACAUUAUUCUGCAGGGAUAGCAAGGCCAGAUAGUUCAACUAUUUUGAGCUCUAAUGAGUGUUAGUACAAGACUGAGGGGGGAGAGUGUUCAGCUUGAUUGGCUCACGCUAAGAGAUCUAUAGCGUCUUGGAUCUUUUUAGACCUCAACAGCAUAUGUAUCCUUCUUGUCAGUGAGUUUAGCUUAGCAUCCUGCAAAAUUCAAGAUAGUAUCGAAACACUGUCAUGAAUAUGAUGAGGCAUGACACAAAAGUGCGAUCCCUGCGCCAUCUGCCAUUGCUGCUGAACACUUCUCAGGACUAAAAAAGGAAAACCCAAGAAAAAAUAAUGAUUAUCAAUUGAAAGUAAGUCUUAAUUUAAAAUUGAUUGGUGGCAUUCUAAUACUAUUGAAGCAGUCUACAACUCUUUAUCCUGUUGUAAUAGAAGCAUUAAAAAUGUUUACCUGGACUAGAUUGUUGUGUUUGUACAAGUCGCCUGCAAAAUUGUUUUCCCUUUCUUUCUUCCUUUUUUAUCAUGUAUAAUAAUUAAAUAUUGAAAUUCUGACUCCGGCAACUGCUCUGUAAACUGGUAAUGACUUAUGUGAAGUCAAAAGCGCUCUGGAAGCAAGAAUUAGUCAUGUAUCAAAUAGAUAUUAAUUUAUUUUCGUUACAUUGAACGUAUUUUUAUACUUUUAAACUGUAUAGUGAUUAAUUUACUUUUAUUAUUCCCUGUAGUAUCUAACUAUUUAAUGAUCAAUUUUUUUUUAGCCAAAAUUUUGUUUUAAUCAUGGAAAACUCCUUCAUGUUUGAGUAUUCACAGUUUGUGAAAGGUUUUAUGCAAUUUCUUAGAAAAUGAAAAGAAAAAGCUCUAAAUUUUGGGCACCUCUGUACCUGUUGUAUUUGAGAAAAUUUGCAUUGCAUUUUCACUGAUAGCCCUCCCCUCCCCUCCUCUGAAUAUUCUUUAUCCAGCUUCACAGUAAUAAUGUACCCAUCUUUCAUCAAGUUUACUUUCUAUUCUGAAGAAAUUCCUGAUUACUUGAUUAAUUGAAUUAUUAAUCUUAAUGAUACUGUUAUACCAUUGAGACACUCUCAUAAGGUAAACAGUUUUAAUCAAAGAGUAUUAUAUUUUAACAAAUCUUGUAUUUACCUAUUUUUGAUCUGAAGAGCGUUAAAAUGAUGGAGAUAGGUGGUGUCCAGUAACUACACCUAUAGUCAAGAGACAAAAAACUGGAAAUCGUACUAAUUGCAAAAAGCAUAAUACUUCUGGAAGUAUCAAGUGUUACACAUUCUUGAUUUACUUAAAAUUAGUUCUCCAGAGAAGAGUUCAAAAAUUAGAAGCAAUAUCAAAUGUCUGGUACGAGGCACUGAGUUCCGUUAACUAUAAAUUGAACUGCGGAAAAAUGGUUAGGAUGUAGUUUUUCCCUCCAACAAUAAGCAGUAAAUCUGAUGUCAUGUUUUUAGUUCUUAUCCGUAAAAAUCAUGUUAAACUUGCUUAAAGCAUGGAAACCCUUCUACCUCUUAAUGUCGUAUUUUGUUUUACACUUCCAAAAUCAUUCUUUCGACUGUUUCCAAUCUGUUGUUGUAUUUUUGAAAGGUGGUAAAUUUUUCAUUGCUCUUCUUACGCUAUAUCAACAGUAUCACUGCGGAACCAUGUAUCUCAGUUUGCAACAAUGUAGAUAUCUUGUCAUACUUUUUUUUUUAAAUGGAGAACUGGUCAACGUCAAUUCUUAAAACACUUAUAUUUUUUCUUCUCUAUGCAAAACAAAUUAUAAUUAUUUUGACUUGUUCUCCUUUAAAAAGAUAAAAUAGGAAAGAAGACUUUUAAACAUAGCAAACAAAAUACGUCAUUUAGGAGUUUCACCGUCCUUUUGUAUUAUUUGCAUAUCUUACACCCUUGGCAAAAUGUCUACAUAUUUUACCACAAAGAAAAUAAAUUGUGAAUUCCGUUUGUUGUCUUCAUAAGAAAAAUGUACUAAUAAUAGGUAUUUCUAGCAUGCCUGGUUUCCUUACUUUAAACUGUAUUCUUGAUGAUAAUAAAGAAAAAGACAUGAGUAAGGAGUCACUUUAAUUUUUUACCUUCUUAGUUAAUGUUCCUGUUUUGUAAACGGAAGGGACUCGACCAAUUUUAAUGUGCUGAAUCUAACUUCGUAGUCUUAUUAUAGUUCUAUGAGGAUAUAUACAUGUUAACAUGCUUACUUUGAAACUUAAAAAGUUAACGUAUCAUUGCUAUCAUGGCAGGGGAGGGGAAGAUGGGGGAAUGACAAGAGGUCUUCGAAUUUUUCUCAAAAAUUGUUCUUUUGUAAUAUUCAAUUUUAGGGUGAUUUGUAAAUCUGAAUCUGUCUGGUUGCAAUUGUCCGAUUUUUUUAUUUUAUUUUUAAAAUUUUGGCAAACUCGCUAAGUAAUAUCAAAAUAUCCAAUGGUUUAAAAGUGAAAAAAAAAAUGUUACUAUUCAAUGUACCUAAUCAUCUCAUCACUAAUAAUAAUUUGUUAUACUGCUGAUGGAACAAAAUAAAACAUUUCCUUCUCUUGCCCAA